AUGAUUCCAAAUCCCUCAUCUGAUGCCUCAGAAGUGGCGUCGUCAAACCCUGAUAGGUCCGUCUUAGAGGGGCGGAAGAGGAAGAGAGACGUCCUCGCAUGCCUGGCCUGUCGUCGGAGGAAGUUGAAAUGCGACCGUGGCCUUCCCGCCUGUAGUCGGUGCCAAAAGGGGGGCGUUGCGAGCUCAUGCACAUAUCAGAGUUUCCCAGCAGAUGGUGCUGGCCAUCAGGAUGAAUUUGAUGAGCCAAUCGAUGAAAAUGGGGCCGCUCCAAAGAGAGCACGAGGUUCUUCGAGUGUAAAUCCUCCAAAUGGAUUGAUUGAUAGGGAGGUACCGUCAAUAUCAACGCCGACAUAUUCGGCGCAGACAGAAGCAAUCACACGUUUAGAAGAUCGUCUGAAAAUCCUGGAGGGUAUCAUAGCUCAGGGUGCUUCAAGGAACGUAGCUGCGAAGGAAGCAGUUUUUCCUAUGAGAACUAUGAUACCGAAGGAAAAGGACGAGAAGGCGAGAGAGCCCGAGACAAGCUACUUCAAAGGCCGUGGAUUCAGGACGCAAUUCUAUGGUCCUAGCUGUCCUAUUAGUCUGAUUGCCCAUUUCCCAGAGGUCCGGGCGAUGAUGAAAGAAGCUCACCCUGGUUCAGCUCUGGAACGUCUUCAAAAUGACUGCAAGGUUAUGCAAGCAAGAUACAAAAAGAAUGAAGCGAAAUCUUGGAAGGAACCCCCACCUGAUUUGGUCGACUGCGUACCUGAGAAAACCGUUACAGAUUCCUUUGUCAAGCUUUAUUUCAACACGUUCGAAAAGACAUACCACAUUCUGCAUGAGCCCACGUUUUGGAGUGAUUAUGAUGAAUUUUGGAAAUCACCGCGCGAUUCAAAGCCGGGAUUUGUUCCUGUUCUGCUUCUCAUACUGGCUACAGUUCGAGAUAUGUCACCAGGAGAGCCCUUGAGCUUUGAUCUGAAUGGCUCUUCCUCGCGGCGGACAGAGGCUAUAUCAUGGAUUCAAGCUUGUGACGCGUGGCUUAAACAGCAAAGUCAAAAGCACAGGUUCAUGGCAAUGUAUCAGGUCAUGUGUUUACGGGUUCUUGCUGCAUCUUCUAAUUGUCUGAAGAUGAAAGAAGCAUACUUAGGUGUAGAGAACCUACUGGGAUACUUCAAAGCAGCUGGUAUGCAUCGUGAUCCUUCAUUACUGGAAGGCAGGUGUUCUGUUUUUGAAAAAGAGAUGAGGAGACGAUUUUGGGCAACAGCAAUGGAAUUGGAACUUCAGGCUUCCAUCGACCGAGGAAUGUCAUCGUCUCUAUCUUCCAUCCCAUUUGAUUGUCAACCCCCACUCAAUAUCAACGACGAAGACCUUGGGGUUGAUGCUCUUCAUUGCCCCGAACCUAAGCCUUUGGAGCAAUAUACCUUGACCUCUUACUUGCAUGUUUCUUCUAAGUCUCUACCACUGCGUAUCUCAUUAUGUUCUUUAAUCAAUGAUCCGAGCUCUCACUUGGAGUAUCACCAAGUGCUACAAUAUGAACAGCAGAUAAAUGAGGCACUGGAUGCAAUACCUCAAUGGACGGACUGGACAAAUAAAGGGCACAACCAGGCAUCGUCAUUACUCGAUCUUCAGCUGCGUCAAUUCCUCCUCAUGCUCCACACCCCAUUCGCACGCCGAUCCGGUUCAUCCCAACACCGCUACUCCAGAAUGGUCUGUUUCGAAACCUCAAAACACCUCUUGGACCAGCAUUCCAAGCUCAUUUCUUCCGGAAACUUCACGCUUCCCCUACUCCGGGAAGAUGUGUUCCGCGCCGCCCUCUCAAUAUGCCACAACACCUUCCUCUACACCCUGAAGCCAGACUUUUUCUUCCACGGCAUCAUAUCUGCCUUCCCCUCGAUGCUCGAAGACGCCUUCAAGAUCCUCGAGGAGCGAUCCAUGCGGCGCGGGCGCGGCUACCACCAAUUCUGGUAUAUAAGUGUGGCAUUCUGGCUCGUACAAUCGAAACUAGACCCCGAAAAUGCUAGCGAUUUCAAACUGCAGGCCAUGGAGAGAGUCGCCAGGCUCUACCACAAGGCGCUGGCGCAUAUGGAGGCACCACCCACGACGCACUUGCCGCCUCUCGAAGCGGGGUUUCAGGCCCCGGGAUCUUGGUUCUCGAAUCCAGACAUUACGGGGUUCACUCUCGGUGAGGCCGACGACCCUGUUGGUGUUCUUGACCCGUUCGAUGCCUCAGAUUGGACACUCGAUAAUCUCUGGUCGAUGGAAGGAGACUUUGAUACCAGUGCUCUGGGGUAGAUGAUGUCUAACCAUCAAUUUCACAUCGAGCCAUUCCGGAAGUAUGGAUCGGUCAGACAGAAGCCAGGAUAAAAGGAGGCCAACCACGUGACCACCAGUUGCAGAUCCCACGUAUUCGACGCAUCCCAGCUCAAGCGCUGUGUUUCUACGAAGCUUCAACACGGUCGGAUCUCAGCAGAAGACGACGUGUAUAGUCUUGCCGACACUGAACUUCCAAAUCUUGCCAGAUACCCUGCCUGCUUCCUGCUAUUGAAGGAUUUGUGUGCAAUCUCUAUCCAAAACUAAUCAUAUGAGCCGGUAGGCACUCUGGAAUUGAGGAUCGGGGUGUGGUUAUGAAUGGAAUUC